AUGGCGCCGUCUAUCGGUACAGCCUUGAGUGCUGGGACCCUGGGCCCCACAGAGACAAGCAUUCUUGGGCCGAAGAUGUUGGGAUCCACAGCUCUUGACAGUGGGCAAGGCCCUGAGUAUGCAGAUGUGGUGUUUCUGGUGGACAGCUCUGAUCACCUGGGAACUAAGUCCUUUCCAUUUGUGAGAACUUUCCUCAACAAGAUGAUCAGCAGCCUUCCCAUAGAAGCCAACAAGUACCGCGUGGCCCUGGCCCAGUACAGCCACACUCUCCACAACGAGUUCCACCUGGGCGCCUUCAGGAGCAGGAACCCCAUGCUGAACCACCUCAAGAAGAACUUCAGGUUCAUCGGUGGGUCCCUGAAGAUAAGGAAUGCCCUGCAGGAGGCUCACCAGACCUAUUUCUCUGCUCCCACAAAUGGAAGAGAUAGGAAAGAGUUUCCUCCCAUCCUGGUGGUGCUGGCUUCAGCAGAGUCUAAGGAUGAUGUGGAAGAGGCUUCAAAGGCCCUUCGGGAAGACAGGGUGAAAAUCAUCUCAGUGGGGGUGCAGAAGGCUUCUGAGGAAAACCUGAAGGCCAUGGCCACGUCUCAGUUUCAUUUCAACCUUCAGACAGUCAGAGACCUCAGCACGUUUUCCUCAAACAUGACUCAGAUCAUCAAGGACGUAACUAAGUACAGUGAAGGAGCAGGUGCAGUCUCAACUACAGCUGCAACAGAUGCUGAUGGAGUGGCCUGUGAAGAUGGAACGGAAGUGCUAUCGGUGGUGGUGGCCAUGAUGGUCAUAUUGUUGGUGAAAGUGCAUGUGGGGAUGAUGGUGGAGUUGGUCCUCCUGGUAAUGAAGGUGGUGGUCUAA